UUGACCCAUCUCUGGAUACAUUUUGAGCCCUGUAAAAACAAAAUCUGCCCAUCCCUCCCCACCAAUUUGCCCCCUCUCUCCCCUCAUUUAAAACUGUGUAUAACAGAUUCUGAUUGCCAGUAAGGGCAGAGGCUUCAGCAGAUGUUACUGAGCAUGUUCAGAUCCAUCCAGCCUGCUCAGUAACAACAAAGCAGCCAAUUUCCCUUUUCGCCCCCAGAGGAUGGCUCCAUGAGGAGCAAAAUGCGGAUGAGCAUCCUGGCAGGGCAAGUAGAGUAAUUUCAGAAGGGGCUUAUACUGGAGUUUGGAGAGACAAGGUGGGCAAGGUGAUGGGAUGGUGAGUGAGAACAAGGAGGUGAAUCCUCAGCAGGGAGAUCUGAGCAAAUGGAAGCACAGAGAACACUAUCGGGAAGAUCUGAAGGGGAAGUUUCCUGGACUCCUGAGCAGGGAGAAGCCUAUGAAAAUCAGCACAGGCCAGAGGGGCAGCGGGAAAACUCCCCUGGGGAUAGAUUGGAUAAACCCACUCACCAAGGGGGAGGUUUGAAGGACCUUCCUGAAGACACGAUCCAGCCAGGAAUCUGCACUAAAAGAAAACUGUAUGAAUGUGCUGAGUGCAGGAGAAGCUUUGAUCGGAGAUCACAUCUCAUUGUGCAUCAGAAAAUCCACACAGGAGAGAGAUCCUAUAGCUGUCCUGAAUGCGGGAAAAUCUUCAGUAAUGUCUCAUCCCUGAUUGUUCAUCGGAGAGUCCACACAGGAGAGAGACCCUAUAACUGCUCAGAGUGUGGGAAAUCCUUCACUCGGAGCUCCACCCUUGUUGUGCAUCAGAGAGUGCACACAGAAGAGAAACCCUAUAAAUGCCCCGACUGCGGGAAAAGCUUCAAGCGGAGCUCAACCCUUAUUUCACACCAGAAAAUCCACACAGGAGAGAGACCUUAUAACUGUCUUGAAUGUGGGAAAGGCUUCAGUGAACGCUCAAACCUAAACAAACAUCAGCGAAUCCACACAGGAGAGAAACCCUAUAAUUGCCUUGAGUGCGGGAAAAGUUUCACUCGGCACUCACACCUCAUUAGACAUCAGAGAAUGCACACUGGAAAGAUACCCUAUAGGUGCCCUGACUGUGGAAAAAACUUUAGUGACAGCUCAGCUGUUAUUAGACAUCAGAGGAUUCAUACUGGAGAGAGACCCUAUAAAUGCCUCGAGUGUGGGAAAAGCUUCAAGCAGAGCUCCGACCUUAUGAAUCAUCAGAGAAUCCACACGGGAGAAAAACCCUAUUACUGCCCUGAAUGUGGGAAGGGGUUCAGUCGGAAGGCUCACGUUAUUUCACACCAAAAAAUGCACAGGCCAGAGAGAUCAUUUAACUGCCUCGAGUGUGGGAAAAACUUCAGUAGGAGCUCUGACCUCAUUAGACAUCAGAAAACCCACACUAGAAAGACACCAUAUAAAUGUUCUAUCUGUCAAAAAAGCUUCAAGCAAAGGUCAGAACUUAUUUCACACCAGAGAGCGCACACAACACAGAGAAACUAUAAAUGUUAUGUCUGUGGAAAAAGCUACAAGGCAAAGGUCUCUCUAAUGUCCCACCAGAAACUCCACACAGGCUAGCAAGUGGCAGGAGCUCUCACUAUGGGACAAUGGGUCUGUGCUCUCCUAAAGCAAAGUGUAAAUGUGCUUCAUUGAUAGACAGUCUUUGCAGGGGCAGCAAGUGGAUGAAGGGUUUGGGUUUCAGUGGGGGAUAGUUGACAGGGGCAGAAAAGAACAAAACGCUGGGUACUGAGGAGCUGGGUGAUUUCAGGGUCUGGGGAGAGCAGGCGAUGGGAUUGGUAGAGAGACAUUUCUGUGGGUUACACACAUAUUUUCCAAUUUAGAGGAGAGGUAAAAAUACCCCAUUGCAGUUCUUGUCUGAGUUGUCUUUGUAGCUCCUAGGGCAUCUCUGCAUAGGGAUAGGGGAAUGUUAUUCAGGGAAGUAGCAAGGGGCCCUCUGGGGCUGUAGUUACAAGGCAGUAAAAGCUGCCGAUCUGAACUAACAGGAUGUCGGAGCACUGCUCAGUGUAUUGGACAUCUCUGAAGUCAUGGAUGGUAGGGGCGGCUGGAGAUUGGGGAAUUAAUGGUGGAGAUUCCCCAGAGAGGUGGGGCCAGGUGUGGAGCCACGACUGGGCCAUGGUCAGAGGCCGAGGCUGAGGGUGGUGCAGGGGUGCGGGGCCACGGCUGGGGGCAGCACCAGAGCAGAGCUGGGAAUGAAGCAGGUCUGGGUGGCGUUCCCUCCCACCCCCAAAGGGGUCUGGCCUGGACUCCGCCGCACCCCCCAAAUGUUCCACCGCACCCCACAGUUUCAGGACCUCUGACUUAUUAGAAAGCAGUUGAUUUUUUUUCCUUCCUAAGUGUAAUAUUUUGCAUUUGUCUUUACUGACUUUAUUUCAGACCAAUUCUCCAAUUUGUCAAGGUCAUUUUGAAAUCUAAUCCUGUCCUUGAAAGGGCUAGAAAUCCCUCCCAUCUAGGUGUCAUUCACAAAUUUUAUAAGCAUAUUUUCCACUCUGUUAUCCCAGUCAUUAAUGAAAAUAUUGACUGGUACCAGAUCCUGGACUGACCCCUGAGGGACCCCCACUAGAUAUGUUCCUCAUAUUUGAGUAUGAACCAUUGAUAACUACUCUCUGAGUAUGGCCUUGCAAAGAGUUUUGCACCCACCGUAUAGUGGUCUAGACGAAAUUACAUUUUCCUAGUUUGCUUAUGAGAAUAUCAUGUGGGACUGGGUCAUAAGCCUUACUAAAAUCAAGAUUACUCCUGGGGGAAUUCUGCACCAAAAAAAAAAAAAUCUGCACACAAUAUUUUAAAAUUCUGCAUAUUUUAUUUGUCAAAAUAAUGCGUUUUUUUAAUGCAAAAAGAUCCACAAUAACAGUCAGUCUUGAUUGAGAACAACAUUGCAGGUUAUGCAAAAUAAUUUGUCCCCAUCCACAUACAAUUUUGUAAGGAAUUCUCGAGCACGAGAAGCUGUGUAGCAGUUUUGAUGCAUGAUGUGAAGGCUGUCCAUGUCAUGCAAAAGAAUGAAUAUCCGUUUGUCAUUUGGUAACUUCAUCUGGACCUGGCUGGGUACUUUGGGAAGUGCUUGGUUCUGAUUGUCCUGACAUUUUAUUAACUGCUUGAUAAAUGUUUUAUUUGCCUUCAAAGUCUUUUUUUUUAAAUGGGUAAGUAAAAUAAAUCCUGAGCUAUAAUCUAACCCCAUUGUGUCACUUUGGCACAGGAAAAAGUGAGGAAGCACAUAGAUCUUUCUAGUUGAGGAUUUCCUUACUGUCCUUUAUAAUAAGGCUCCUUUACAUCACUCUGGCAAUGUAAAGGAGCCUUAAAAUGUUUAUAGGUUUUAUGCUCCUGGGGUAAUUGACUGAGAAUGGGAACAGUUAACUAACAAUAGAAACAUUAACCACAUUACUAUGCAGGCAGGCUGCUACAUUUCUGCCUCAGAAAAUGAGAUCAACUAUCAGGAGCACCAUUAACAAUGUUGUUUUUCCCCAUCAAGAACAGUGUUUUGUUUCAAACGUUGAAACAAUUUUGCACAGAAAGAACACUCUUCUUAUUCCACACCUUAUCCCCUCUCAAAUAAAAACUGACUGAAUUUUGUUUCAAUCCAAUCCUUGUGAUCUUCUAUAAAAUGAGCCUCCAGGCAAUUUAAGGGAUAGCACUGGCUGACUGCAUUUCCAAAUCUGGCAAAAUAGCUGCUUGCUUCAUUGCAGUGAAGGAACAUAGGCAGGCAGGCAGGCUGCUACAUUUCUGCCUCAGGGGACAGAGCCUGCCUCCUGCCUAACAAAAAGCCUUACCCCUCCACGCCAGGCACUCUGCAGGAGAAAGGAAGAGGGACAAAGGGCUUGGCUACACUUGCAGAUGUAGAGCGCUUUGGGUUAAACCAGCCUUCGUACAGCGCAGUAGGGAAAACGCUCCAGUCUGUCCACACUGACAGCUGAAAGCGCACUGACAUGGCCACAUCUGCAGCACUUGCAGCUGCAUUGGGAACUGUGCAUUAUGGGCAGCUAUCCCAGCAUUCAAGUGACUGCAAUGUGUUUUUCAAAUGGGGAGGGGGUAGAGUGGAGUGUGUUGUGUGUAUGUGGGAGGAGAAAGAGUGGGUUUUUGGGGUGCUGAGAGUGCAUCAGCAUGCUGUCUUGUAAGUACAGACCCGCCCCCUGACUCCCCCGCCUCUCUCUCUCUCUCAAAGCAAACAUUAGCUGUUUGUUUUUUUCUCGGAGAUAAGCAGCUGGCACUCCGAAACAGAGCUUUGAAAGGGCCACUUCCGCAUUCCUGCCGGAGUUCACAACAAAGACAAGAGAAGCCACUUCAAUUAAUGGGACCUUUCCAGAGGGCAAUCAGAGCGCUGUAAGGUAACUCCUCGUUCACACUGACGCUGUAGCAUCUCACCCAAUACGCAGCAAACCUUAUCCCUCUCGGGGAGGUGGAGUACCAGCAGCGCUCUAGCCAGGGAGUCAGAGCAUUCUACGUGCCUUGCCAGCGUGGAUGGGGAGCAAGUUAGAGCGCUCUGGGCGGCUUUAUUGCGCUGUAACUCACAAAUGUAGCCAAAGCCAGAGUCUCUCCCGCUUGUUUGCUCACGUGCACCCAGCCCUGCCCCUUGACGGUAACUAACUUCCCCCCUGCAGGCAUGCAUGCCCAGCCCCUCUCCCCCGCAGUGAUUUGCAUCUCUGACGGCUACUCUAGGCAUGCUGGAACAGAUGCAUUGCCUGCGCUGCCAGGGAAGAGGUGCAUGUCCCCCACAUAUUUCUUCUGCAUUUUU